UUCAGAGCGCGCUACGGCGCGCUUGAGAUGCAGGCGCCUGUGGCGCCCUGUCACCAAAAUACAUGUCUGGUGAAGCCCGACAGUCAGUGAGCGCUUCGCGCUAGUGUCACACCAUAAGUGCAACAAUAUGAAACCCUUCUGCCGGGACUCAAAGUACCUUUGUGCCAAAUGGAAACUAGAGUCAAUCAAAGUGGAAUCAACAUUCCUAGCAGUAAUUGUGAUAUUCGCUUGCAUAGCCUUCAUCAUACCAGCAUACAUGCUGAUACUAGCGAUACUAUCACUGUUCUCCAAAUCUGGCUGCGAUGACGAGACAGAAACUGGAGCCCUGUUUCCUGAGGAUGAUGACUCGGAUUACAAUGGCCGCGUCUUGGUGGUGGUUAUUUUAUUUUUGGCAUUAUUUUGUUGCGUAUUCAUAUCAGGCAUGGCACUAAGUAACGAGCAGGCUGCUGACGCUGCGACCGACAGCAGGAACAUAGUGAGCUGUGCAUGCGCAGACAUAGCGACGUGGUUGGCCGCGUCAGCGCGCGAGCUACACCACACACUGGUGCCGCCUAUGGAAAUAGUAGUACAUGCUUAUAGACAGGACUUGAGAAAUGUGGGCCCUCUCUUGGGGGAGCCUGUUCAACAAGCCAUCGCCUCUGAGAGCGGCAUCGACUUGGUGUUCGACUCGUUGGCCGAUAUCGUCUCAGAAAGUGAAGAUAUCGCUUCAAAAAUUGCGUCUCUCCGUGACGUAAGCAUCAGGGCAGGGGCGCUGGCAUCGACCGCAUCAGACCGAAUACGAGACUUGACCAAACAGCUGGACAACCUGAAGAAGCAUUGUACUACUAAGGACGCUCCGCUCUGUGAUACUAUAAACACGAAUUCUUUAGAGAUACAAUUGAAAUUUGACUUGAUACUUCGUGAGCAGCAGCUCCUCGAGCUGCGGACUUUAGGAGUGGAGAAUCUGACCCGUGCCAUAUCUAACGCUCGACAGGAGUUCAAAACUCUGCCACAUGCCAUAUCGACGCAAACAACUCUAGUCAGGGAAGCAAUUCUUCGCGACAUAGAAGCAAAGAGGCAGACAUUGCAAAGCGCCGUACGGAUUCUAAGUGACAUGGUGCGCCAUCUAACGGCGGGUCUCCAUAGCGCCGUGAGGCUGUUUGAUUCCGCUCUCGCGAGGAUACAAAAGUAUGAGUUCUGGAGAUGGACUAUUUUGUUGGCGUGCGUGGUAGCCGUAGGCUUCGUGAUGAUUCUUGUGCUGCUGGCUCUGAUGUGCGGCUGCAGCAACAGUAAGGAGCUUGCUAGACGAACUUUACAAGUAUCGGCUGUCUGGAUGUGCGCCGUGUCCCUUGUUUUAUGGGGCGUGAUAUCCGCCACCUUUGUUAUUGCGGGACAUGCUGAGGUUUUCGUAUGCCGCGGUCUCUGGGACACCCCGCAGUAUCAAACUUUAUCAGCACUCCUGGACCGUCCCUCGCCCUUACUUACUGAUAAAAAGGGGAUCUUCGACGCGUUAUUCUCGGAUCUCGAGAAUAUUACUAUUGAUGUGUCUGUCAAGGAUGUCCUUAGGGAUUGUGAAAAGGACCGGCCGGCAUACAUAGUAUUUCAAUUGGACAAAGUUCUGGACGUCAAUAAAGAGACGUCAUACUUCGAAUGGAACCAACUCCAGAUGGACUUAGAAGGUCUGACGUCAUCUAUUGACGUCACAUUUUUGAAAACAAUCUCCGUCAAUUUUAACAAAUUGCUGAAUAGGAUUUUGCAGGUGUCUGACGUGAACUUAUCAAAGUACAGGAUGGAAUACAACGGGGCGGUUGUUGGCAAAGAUUUGCCCUCUUUGGUGGACCAGUUGGAGAACAUUGGAGCACAGAUAUCGGACUUGACGACAGCUGGCAGAUUGGAAACUUUGGCAACAAGAACCAAAAGACUCCACACCACGCAUAUAAAGCCACUGGAACAGCUCCGAGCCGACGUGGUGUACAAACUGACAGAGCUGGAGCUUCAGCUGCUGCCGUUCAGAAGAAAGCUGAACAUUUCGCUCAGCCACAUCUAUACUGCGCAGUACUACAUCGAUAAUCAGGGGGAAACUAUUGCUCAUAAGAAAGUAGCAAUGUACGUGUCUCGGUUGGUAUCCCACGUGGCUGGCUGGCGAACCCACGCCCUAACAGCGGCGGGAAAGCACGCGGCACGGUGCCGACCACUUUUCACCGUCUACGAGGCUGUCAGGUCUCUGCUCUGCACUAGAUACAUCGGGUCUUUGCACGGCUGGUGGUUCUGCGGUUUCCUUCUAGGUGUGACUUGGUGCACCAUGCUGACUCCACUCAGCGUGAAGCUGUGGCGAGCCUAUGGGCGAAAGAUUAGGGCCCGAGACGCUCUGCACCUUUCUACAUUAGGUUCAGGUCAACAAGAGACACCAACAACGGCACUGUGCGAGGCCAGCAAUUGGAAUACACCAGGACCACCCCCAAGAAAUGACAGCUGGUGAUGGGAUGUGAAAACAUGUCAUACCAACAGAACGUAAGAUAUAGAUGCACAAUUCCAAUGGUGACACUUAUAGCCAAAGGUUCCCUAAUAACUGCCAAACUGAUACCUAGCCUCUGAAAGAUUACAUCGAAGGUUUAAAUAAAAGUACCAGUGUGCUUGAUAGUGACCCAGUAGAUGCCACUUUCAAUCGUAAGUCAUUGUCAGACAGGUGCAGUAUUAUAUAGCAGCCCCCUUAGCACAACUUGCCAUGUCGUGCGCGACUUGAAGUCGCGCUUGAUGUAUGGACUCGCGCGCGACAAGGCAAGUUGUGCUAAAGGGGCAUGUCCUGUGAAUAAGGGCAUAACUCAAAAUAAUCGGUGCAUAAGGUCAUAAAUCCGAGGUGGGACUUCUGCCCUUUUUUACCGAGUCAAUUUAUUAGGGCAUAACUCGCCCUUAUUCACAAGACCCACUGUGCUUGAAGGACAUUUGUAUGUCCGUUUGUAUAGUUAAUUAGGAAUAACAACAGUAAUAAAAAUCUCCAUUGAUCAUCUACCUAGAAAAUAUUUGUAUAAACACUAUAAAGUCCUUUAUAGUGUUAUUCCACCAUGCUGCACAAACAAUUCUAGUUUUACGAUUAUACACCCUAUUUUUAUUGAAUUCCGUUAACUUUAAGGGAAGGUUAUUUAGAUCAA